GCUGGGCCACCCACACUAAUUAUUAAAGCUAAAAAAAACACUAACCCCACUCUCGGUGGUUGCAUCUCAUAGUUGGCCAGAGCAAACCAAACCAUUAAUCCCACAAAAAUCUUCUCCUGUCCAAAUUUCCCAUCUCCCUAACCUCGCUAGCUAGAAAGCUAUCUAGCCAUGCUUAGCCACAGCAGCAAGAUUAUCAAAAGAAUUAGACUUCCUCUCCCCUUCGUGAAGGCUUCCAAUUACAUCACCGCCACAUGAUUUCAGUGAAUUCUUGGAAUUUCUUCAGGUUUUAUGGUCAAGUGAUUUCAGGAUUUGCAGGAAUUAUGGUACGUCACUGGAUAGCUUCUGUUUUGUAAGUUACUACAAAUUCCUUCCCCUUAUUCCGGUUUCUAGAAAAACAAAAACACCGUCCUAAAAAUAACAUUAAACUACUCAAGAAUUAUUCACUUUUUUGACAAGCCAACUAUCUUGCCCUGUAAAGUACCCAUCUUACCUUGUCAUCAUACACAUCGCCUCCCCUUUUUCCAUCCCUUCUUCUUUAAUCUCUCCUAUGCUAUAAAUUUGGUGGCACCCCAUUUCCUUCCGGUGCGCCAAGAAAUGGCGGAUUUGAGUGAAAAUCAAGAAAAAACCGAAGAGAAACAUGUUGAGCCUCUGAUUCCAGGGUUGCCCGAUGAGGUAGCAGAGUUAUGUCUUCUUUACCUUCCAUAUCCUUACCAAGCUUUGGUACGUUCAGUCUCUUCAUCAUGGAACAGGGCAAUAACAGACCCUGCUUUUCUUGUCUCCAAGAAAACUCUGUCCCUUGCCUUGCCGCAUGUCUUCGUGCUUGCAUUUCAUAAAUCAACGGCCAGGAUCCAGUGGCAAGCUUUGGACCCUCGAUCUGGCCGUUGGUUUGUCCUACCCCCCAUGCCUUGCCCGAAGACUGUUUGCCCACCAGCGUUUGCAUGCACCUCAUUGCCACGUCAAGGGAAACUAUUGGUUUUGGGUGGGAUGCGGUCGGAUACAGAGACUUCAAUGGACAGCACCUUUAUCUACCGUUCAUCUACGAAUCAAUGGUCCAUAGGGUCCCCGAUGUUGACCCCGCGAUCGUUCUUCGCCACCGGGAAUGUUAAAGGCAAGAUCAUAGCCGUUGGUGGUAGUGCGUCCGGGAUUAGCGACUCAAUCACAGCCGUUGAGUGUUACAACUCAGAGAGUGGGAAGUGGGGCCCAGCUGCUAAAAUGCGCAUGGGGCUAGCUAGGUACGAUUCAGCUGUGGUUGGCAACAGAAUGUACGUGACGGAAGGGUGGACGUGGCCCUUCAUGUUCUCACCAAGAGCAGGGAUCUACGACGCCGACAAGGACACGUGGCAAGAGAUGAGUAAUGGGAUGAGGGAAGGGUGGACGGGACUGAGCGUGGUGCUCGGUGAUAGGUUGUUUGUGAUAUCAGAACACGGUGACUGCCCGAUGAAGGUGUACGUCCCCGAUCUCGACACGUGGCAGUACGUAGGCGGGGACAGGUUCCCCAGAGAGGCAAUGCAGAGGCCCUUUGCCGUGAACGGAGUGGAAGGGAAAGUGUAUGUGGUGUCCUGUGGGCUGAACGUGGCAGUAGGAAGUGUGUACGAGGCGGACAAAGGAGAGUUUUGUGUGAAAUGGCAAGUUUUGGUCGCCCCAAGAGCUUUUCAUGACUUUGCUCCUUCGAAUUGUCAGGUGCUUUAUGCCUAAAAUCUUUGAUUAUUAGGAUUUAAUUGUUAGCUAGUGAUCUAUUAUUGUAUGGCCAAGGUGGAGAUCUCUUGUUCUUGCCUUACUUCAUGUGGUUAAGUUUUGUUUUGUUAGGCAAUUUUAUAUGCCAUUAUACUAGUAGUUUGGUAGUGCUUUUUGGGAGUUGUUUCUUCUUGCUAAUAUAAAAUUUAGGCAUAUUCCCCUGUA